ACUUUGUUCUCUGGAAACGACUUCUCUGACUGAAGGUCUAUCAAUAUUCUGCGCGAGACACCUAGCAGCAAAUUAACGUUCUAGUGUUUAAAAUGUAAACGAAAUAUCCACUGGCUGUCGAGACUGACUGACGGUGGAGGAUAUGUCUUUCUUUGUUUGCUAAACCGGCUAACAACAGGGGUGGUGUUGACUGGACUUUGAGUUGGCUGUGACUAACUUCACCGAGCUAGCUAGGGAGUUAGCUAGUUAGCUAACUAGCUAGCUCAACCCAGCACACAGCAGCACAGACAGCGAACGGUAGUCUGUUUGCUCAGUUCCAGCAACUAAGGAAGACCGUACACACCGUCAUUCCCAUGGAAACACAAGGUAGUUCGAAAGAGCACAGUGCACGGAGAAAGCCCCUCUGUCUGUAGGAACCUGACAGAUAUGUGCACCGAGAGAUGAUAUGGCAGAAUUACGUGCACAUGUUACAACGAGGCAAUAGGCCAGGCAGGAAAUUGGAGUAAAGCUUAAACAUAAGGCUUUGCUACCAAAUAGCUUGCCAGCGUGUGUGUGUGUGUGUGUGUGCGUGUGUGCUCGAAGUGCCUAUGGCGGAGUUUGGGGAUGACGGCAGCCUGCCUCCAUUGAAUCUUGGGGAUACGGCCGUGCCCAGCGACGAAGCAGCUGGCAAGACGCAUUGCGAAGUGUCGGUCUUGAAUGGAGACUGUGGUAUAUCAGAAAAUAUGGUCGGUUCAGGAUCCCUCGUUUCACCUGGCAGCCAAGCACGGGUGGAAACAGCCAACACCUCUGUCGGAUUUGAUGCCAAAUCUGAAAUACCACGCAGGAGCAGCAUUAUCAAGGAUAGCUCAAGACAGCGUAAAGAUAGAAAGAAGACUGUAUCAUUCAGCAGCAUGCCCACAGAGAAGAAAAUUAGCAGUGCAAGUGACUGCAUCAGCGCAAUGGUGGAAGGCUCUGAGUUGAAGAAAGUGCGAUCCAAUUCCCGCAUCUACCACCGCUACUUUCUCCUUGAUGCCGACAUGCAGUCUUUGAGAUGGGAGCCCUCGAAGAAGGAAUCGGAAAAGGCCAAAAUUGAUGUGAAAUCCAUCAAGGAGGUGCGAACAGGGAAAAAUACAGACACUUUUAGAACUAAUGGAACCUAUGAUCAGAUAUCAGAGGACUGUGCCUUCUCAAUCAUCUUUGGGGAGAACUAUGAGUCCCUGGACCUGGUGGCAAACACUGCAGAUGUUGCCAACAUUUGGGUUACAGGGCUGAGGUACCUGAUCUCCUAUGGGAAGCACACCUUGAACAUGAUAGAGAGCAGUCAGAACAACAUGCGCUCAUCUUGGCUGGGUGAACUUUUCGAUGAAGCAGGCGGUUACAACAGCAAACAAAUAAGCAUAUGUGCUGCUGUGCAGCUAGUUAAAAAGUUGAACCCAGGACUUAAAAAUGUGAAAAUAGAACUGAAGUUCAAAGAGUUUCACAAAGCUAAAGACAAAGCAGGUUCUGAUGUGACAAAAGAUGAGUUCAUUGAGGUCUUUCAUGAUCUUUGCACCAGACCAGAAAUUUAUUUUCUCUUUGUUCAGUUCUCAAGUAACAAAGAAUUUCUGGAUACCAAGGACUUAAUGAUAUUUCUGGAGGCAGAGCAGGGAAUGGCACAAGUCAGUGAAGACACUAGCAUAGACGUCAUUCAGAAAUAUGAACCGUCUAAAGAGGGCCAGCUCAAGGGUUGGCUUUCUCUUGAUGGGUUCACCAACUAUCUGAUGUCUCCAGAGUGCCAUAUAUUUGACCCUGAACAAAAAACCGUAUGCCAAGACAUGAAACAGCCCUUGUCCCACUAUUACAUUAAUGCAUCCCACAACACAUAUCUGAUAGAAGAUCAGUUCAGAGGUCCCUCUGAUGUGACAGGGUAUAUCCGUGCCCUCAAGAUGGGCUGCCGCAGUGUAGAGCUGGAUGUGUGGGAUGGGCCUGAUAACGAACCUGUUAUUUACACUGGUCACACAAUGACAUCACAGAUAGUUUUUCGCAGCGUCAUUGAUGUCAUCAACAAGUAUGCCUUUGUUGCAUCCGAGUUUCCACUUCUACUGUGCUUAGAAAAUCAUUGCUCCUUAAAGCAGCAGAGAGUCAUGUUUCAGCACCUAAAGAAGAUCCUUGGAGACAGGAUCCACAUAGAUUCCCCAAAACCUGAGGACUGCUACCUCCCCUCUCCCUUCGAACUGAAGGGAAAGAUCCUGCUGAAGGGUAAGAAACUGAGCACAAACUGCACCGCUUCAGAAGGUGAGGUGACAGAUGAAGAUGAGGGGGCAGAAAUGUCUCAAAGGAUGAGCAUUGAGUCUGCUGAACAACAGACUAUCGCGCCCAAGAAAUUCCAGCUGUCCAAGGACCUUUCUGAUCUUGUGACCUUGUGUAAGUCCGUGGAAUUCAAAGACUUUCCAACAUCUUUCCAGAACCAGAAGCAAUGGGAGCUUUGCUCUUUCAAUGAGGUCUUUGCCAGUCGCUGUGCCAGUGACCUCCCAGGUGACUUUGUUAACUACAACAAAAAGUACCUUGCACGAGUUUACCCAAGCCCCAUGCGCAUCGACUCUAGCAACAUGAAUCCACAAGAUUUCUGGAAGUGUGGUUGCCAAAUUGUGGCAAUGAACUACCAGACUCCUGGCCUGAUGAUGGAUUUAAACAUCGGCUGGUUCCGUCAGAAUGGGAACUGCGGCUAUGUACUGCGUCCAGCGAUCAUGAGGGAGCACGUUUCAUAUUUUAGUGCCAACACUAAAGAUUCAGUACCUGGUGUUUCUCCACAGCUCUUACACAUCAAGAUCAUCAGUGGCCAAAACUUCCCCAAACCCAAAGGCUCGGGUGCCAAAGGAGACGUAGUAGACCCUUAUGUGUAUGUGGAAAUUCACGGAAUUCCUGCUGACUGUGCUGAACAAAGGACUAAAACCGUCAACCAGAAUGGGGACAACCCUCUGUUUGAUGAGAGCUUUGAGUUUCAGAUCAAUCUCCCUGAGCUUGCAAUGGUGCGCUUUGUGGUGCUAGAUGACGACUACAUUGGUGAUGAAUUUAUUGGCCAAUAUACAAUCCCUGUUGAGUGUCUCCAGCCAGGUUUUCGCCAUGUACCACUACAAUCUCUAACAGGCGAGGUUCUGCCACAUACCUUGUUGUUUGUUCAUGUGGCCAUAACCAAUCGAAGAGGGGGCGGAAAACCACACAAAAGGGGACUGUCUGUACGAAAGGGCAAGAGAAGUAGAGAGUAUGCCAGCAUGAGAGUGUUAUUAAUCAAGGCUGUGGAUGAUGUCUUCAAAACAGCCAUGCUGCCACUGAGGGAGGCAACAGAUCUCAGAGAAAACAUGCAGAAUGCCAUUGUGUCCUUUAAAGAGCUGUGCGGCCCUUCAGCAGUGGCUAACCUGAAGCAGUGCAUCUUGGCCCUUUCUCCUCGACUGACUGGACCCGACAACAGCCCCCUUCUGGUGUUCAAUCUCGCCGACCAGUACCCUAACUUGGAGCCCCAAGGCCUGCUACCAGAGGUCCUCAAGAAAGUCAUCACCACCUAUGACACGAUGAUCCAAACCAGCAAGACUCUACUAGAAAACUCUGAGGGGGUGUAUGAGAGAAUUCUACAAACCCAAAAAGCAGCGAUGGAAUUUCACGAGAACCUCCAUGACCUGGCCGUUAAGGAGGGUUUGAAGGGGAGGAAGCUGCACAAAGCGGUGGAGAGCUUCACCUGGAACAUCACUAUAUUGAAGGGUCAGGCAGACCUACUGAAGCACGCCAGGAGAGAAGUCCAGGAGAAUCUUAAGCAGAUCCACUAUGCGGCUCUCACCUGUAACCUGAGUAAAGGCGGACCAGCGGGCAGCUCCUCUGGCUCAGAGUAUAAAGGCAGACACAGCCUCGAGGCCAUUGCUGAGAAAGCCACCGCCGAGGAGGAGCUUACCGAUGAGGACAACUAAUGGCCCACAGUCCCACUCUGGUGCUCUCAUGGUACCCACAUCCAGACCUUGACUUUGUUCCUGCCUCCUGAGCUCAAAACCCAAAGCUCUUGCUCUCUCUCCUUUUUUUCCCUCCAUUCCUCUAUUUUUCCACAUUCCAUGUGUACAUUCCUGUAUCCAAAGCACAGCUUUAACUAGACUUCUGCUUUGUAAUCAUCAAUAAAAUGCUACUACUUGUCAAAGACACAAAGCUUACCCAAGUUCAGAUGACAAAAAAGUUAAGAAAUUUACCAUCAUUAUCUCUUAAAAAAAUUCUUAAAAUAUUUGUGAGCUGUACUGAAAAGUAUUUCAGACAUUUGCUACACAUCUGAUGCUGCCUAGCCCAUAUGAGCACACAUUAUCUAAAUAACAAAUCUUAACAUCCAGCAAAAACAUAACAUUUGGGGAAUAUGUUGAAAGGGAUAAUAAUCAAAGUGUUUGACAUACAGUAAACCUGAACUUUCCACAGCAUAAAGUUCACAAACCUUUUAAUCUAUAGUCCGAAUGCAUUGGUUGUUGCCCUCCCGACCCCGCCUCUCAUUUCCUGGGUGAGCUGGGCGAGCCGAGGGAACUAGCAGCCACGUGACCAUUUAAGACGUUGACCUAGUGUUCAGAGACGGUCUUCUUCUACUCAGCGGACCAGGGUGUUACCUGAGGAGAAAACCGAAGGAAAGGGUCCUUGAUUUGCAAGAGAUUUCUUAAAGCACAAUUUUUUUGGAGUAAUGGAUGUAAGGGGACAGAGGGAGCAAAAAAAAAUACAUACAGAAAUGUCAUGAAUGGGAGUACAGAGCUGUUUACGAUACUGAACCUGUUCUUGUCUGCCAAAAUAGUAAGAUGUAUUAUGUGUAUAUAUGGAGUUUCCCGUUACCUUUUUUUUUUUUUUCCUGCAGAGUGUACCAUUUUACUAUUGUAUACUUGGAAAUAUAAGAUUUAUUUUAUAAAAGAUAUAUGAACAU